GUGAUGAUGGCGUCCCCUGAGUCGAGUGUGUCGUCGCUGCUGGCCACAUCCGGACGCCUGCGCAGCUCCAUCCACCCAGAGCCCGUCUCCACCAUCAGAUACAAGGACAAGCCCUACGCUUCCGCCUCGCAGGCGCUCGACGCGUACAUCUGGGACUUCCACAGGAGCCUGCGGGACUCUGGGACGGCGACCGGGGCGCUGGAGCUGCCCAAACCACCAGCUAAACCUCAUCCCAGGAACAGAGAUGUACUGAAGACGAGUUUGACGGAUGGAGAGCUGGACUUCCUGAACAUUCCCGUCCGGAAGAGAGACUCGGACCGGCUCAGUGUGACCACCGACGACCUCUUGGCUCUCCCGAACGACGGCUCUCUCCCCGUGACCCGCACCUCCGCCCUCCUCUCCCGGUCAGGAUCCAGCUUUCCUUCGGGAUUGAGCUUUAACUCCAGCUCCCGGUCUCAGAAACGCUCCUCACGUCGACCCGCUCCGCCAGCGAAUCGGGAUUGGGAAUCUUUCCCUGUGGACGAUUUACUGAUGGGCUUGCGAUCACAUCGUCAGGCUCCUCCCCCUAACGUCCUGCUAGCCAAUCGGACGCAUCCACCCGACACGGCCAGAUCCACGUGUCUCCCGCGCUGGAUGACCAGCCAGAAAUCUGAGAUGGAUUUUUCUGGGAUGACCAGUGUUCCUGACCGGAAGUCCCCGCUGUGGCUCAGACAGUGUGAGGAACCGCAGAGCGAUCCACCGCGCACUGUUCCCUCAUGGGUCGGAGAGCUGGAGGAGUCCAGUCGCCACACACAGCCCAGCACUGGAGCACACCCCUAUGAUGAUCAGAUUGUGUCUCUGAUGUUAAACACUUCUUCUCUUGUGUAUGAUCAGAAUGAUCAGAGUGUGUCUCUGAUGUUAAACGCUCCUCCUCUUGGUCUCUGUGAGCUGCUGAAGGAACACAACACUUCAGGAGAGACGGAGACGCUGGACGCUGAUCGAUCCUGGGACAAUCCACCCGUGGCCUUUAAACCUCCAGUACCAGUGGGUGGCGCUGAUGACCCGCAGACGCCUGAAGAGCUUCAGAGGAGCAAGUCCGCAGGCUCCUGUUCGUCAGGAUACAGCAGCAGGAAACACCCCGGUCCAGUGGAGGCGCUCAAACACAUGCUGUUCCGCCUACAGGCCGUCCAACACGACAUCAGCCAAUCACACGCGUCCACUGGAGCCCGAACACUGGAGAGAGAAACACUAGGGCCGGCUCCUCAGGAGGAAACAGAAGAAACUGCCAUGGGAAGCGACGAGUCGUUACAGAGAGCUCUUCUUCACCUGGACAGACUGAAGACACUCGUGGAUGACAUGAACGAGAGGAAGGCCAGAGCAGAGGAUCAUGGGACACAUUGUAAACACACUCCUGCAGCGACUAUCACAAACGGUGCCAGAAUCAAGAAGCGGUUAUGAAUCAGAAAUCAAAGACUGUUAUUGUCCUACACACAGACGCUUCAUGGAUCAUAUUUG